GCAUGAAGAAUUGAGAGAAAGGAGAACAAACAAGGAAGAUUUGUAACCCUUUCCCUGUUAAUAUAAUUUAAAUUUAUUAUUGCAAUGAUUAUUGAGGCUUUCCAUAUUUUGUCGCAUGUUAGCCAAAAUAAUCAUAUCAUUAUUUGUGUAACAAGGGCAGGGCUGUUCUUCUUGAUUGUUGGGGAGAUUGCUAAUUUUGCGGCUUAUGCAUUUGCACAAGCUAUUCUUGUCACUCUUCUGGGGGCACUUGGUAUCAUUAUCAGCGCUGCUCUAGCACGUACUAUACUGUGUGAGAAAUUAAAUAUUUUUGGGAUUCUUGGUUGUGUGCUAUGUGUUGUGGGUUCAACAGCCAUUUUUCUGCAUGCUCCUCAGGAACGUGAAAUCAACUCUGUCAAAGAAGUAUGGGAUCUUGCCACAGAGCUGGGUAUACUUUUCAUGAGCAAAUGCUUAUAGCUAUAGCAUAUAGUUGAUGUUGAAGAGGAAGUGUUUUCCCCCCUCAAAUUCCUCUUUGAUUUCUUCUUUUUUCACUUAACCAUUAUAGUUGAUGUUGAAGAGAGGUUUUUGUCUCUUGUAGCUUUCUUUUGUAUGCAGCUACUGUAAUAGUGGCAGUAUUUAGACUUAUAUUCCAAUUUGUACCUCAAUAUGGUCAGAAAAAUGUGAUGAUCUAUACUGGCAUUUGCUCACUCACGGGCUCACCAUCACUCUGUCUUAAGUUGCAGGCUUUUGAUACCUUCAACACAGCUGUUGUAUCUCCCAUAUACCAUGCAAUCUUUACGGCAUUAACAAUUUUGGCCAGUGUAAUCAUGUUUAAAGUACGUUUAUUUCUAUUUCC